AUGGGGCCGUGGCUUGCCUUGAUCGAAGCUUGGGCUGUUGCCAAACUGAUACGCAGCCCUAUCUUCAACCGCACUGUUCAGAAAGCGUACCGCAAGAUCAACAGAAUCCCCGAUAUGGAGCCCAAGAAUGGAGCAGGACCUGAAACAGAAGGCAUCCUUGGUCGCGAGAUCGUCUUCGAGCUCAGCCAGAACAAAAAGCAAUGGCAAAAAGUGUACGCUCUCUCAAGGAGCAAGAAAGAAGACUACCCUCCGAAUGUGACGCACAACUACAUCGACCUAAUGUCCAGCGUGGACGAUAUGGCCGAGGACCUUCAAAAUGUACGCGCAGAAUACAUUUUCUUCGCCGCGUACCUCCAAAAGGACUCGGAGCAAGACAACUGGGACGCGAACGGCGCCAUGUUCUCCAACUUCUUGCAGGCUCUCACGAAGACGGAUGCUAUCAAAGGUGUGAAGAGAAUUAUCCUAGUCACGGGAGCAAAGCAGUAUGGCGUCCAUCUCGGUGCCCCCAAGAACCCCAUGACAGAAUCCGACCCCUGGCUCACAGGAGAGCAAUGGCCCCCAAACUUUUACUAUAACCAACAAACCAUCCUACACAAGUUCUGCAAGGAUCAUGGCAAAGAGUGGGUGGUGACUUACCCCAAUGACGUGAUAGGCUUCGCUUUUGGCAAUUUCAUGAACAUGGCUACCGCAACAGCGCUCUACGCCCUCGUCAGCAAAGAGUUGAAACAAGAUCUCGUGUUUCCUGGCUCCCCUGAAUUUUACACCCGCUUUGACAGCUUCACGUCCAGCAAAUUGCAUGCGGAGUUUUGCGCGUGGGCGGCGCUGGAACCGCGCGCUGUGAAUCAGGCGUUCAACGUCGUGAAUGGGGAUGUAGAGAGCUGGCAGAAUCUCUGGCCAAAAGUCGCUGCGUAUUUCGGUCUAAAGGUAAAGCCGGACCAAUUUCGAGAGCGGCAGGUGGACGAAAAAGCGGAUAUAACCGACAUGGCGGGCAAAUUGGGGUUGGUGCAAUCGGACGUUCAAACCUCACAAUCUUCAUCCAGUCCACUGGCGGAGCAGCCGCCUAUUUCCUCCCGCGCCGAAGAGCUAGGACUCGAGGGUCACCGCGUUACACAGCAGAGCAAUGUCGACCAGCAGAUCGACCUCGUUAAGUGGUCGAAGAGGGAUGAUGUGAAGAAUGCAUGGACGAAAGUUGCAGAGAGAGAGGGCCUGGAUAAGACCGCGUUCGAAAAGGCGACAUGGGGCUUCCUGGGUUUCGUUUUGGGCCGGAAUUACGAUCUCGUCAUCAGCAUGAGCAAAGCGAGGAAGCUUGGGUGGAGCGGGUAUCGGGACACGUGGGAAAUAUUGGAGGAGGUAUUUAACGAACUAGAGAGGGCAAAGGUCUUGCCAAAGAGCAAGUAA